UGAAACCCGAAUAGGUGUUGUGUUGAUUACCUUAUCUGGCCAUUAGUUCAUUACAUUAUUCCCGUUCCUCUUUUUUUUUUCUUCUGUCUCUCUUCGCAUUCCAAUUCAAAUACUUAUUAACUCACUCUCGAGGGCCUUCAGAAGCCAGCACACCCAUUCAAACCCAAUCCUCACUGUCCUUCUGCUUCUUUUAUUUUCCAUCACACUAACUAAAGAUAUCUCAUUCUUGUUUCUUCUCUCGGGCUUACCGAUGAAUUGAUAUUCUGAUGUAAAUGCUAGGGAAUAAAGUAGCGAUGGCUUCCUGUUAUUUCAAUCCUAUCUCUACUAGCCCUCAUCUCGUUUCAGCAAACUUAUCUAGAAAGUUCAAGAUUCCAAAGCUUCUUCACAGACAGAAAAAGAGGUUUGAUGGCUCACCCAGAUCCUCAAAAAUCACUUCAUUUUACGGCUUGAAGACCCCUCCUUAUGAACUUGAUGCCUUAGAGCCGCAUAUGAGUAAGAAGACAAUUGACAAGCAUUGGGGUGAAUAUCAUCGGAGUCUUAUAGAAGGGUUGAACAAACAGUUAGAGAAGGAUGAUAUACUAUAUGGUUACACCAUGGAUGAACUAGUCAAAGUGACAUACAACAGUGGAAAUCCUUUCCCUGAAUUCAACAAUGCAGCUGAGGUUUGGAACCAUGAUUUCUUUUGGGAAUCCAUGCAACCAGGAGGGGGUGAUAUGCCCAAACUAGGUCUCCUUCAACAGAUCGAAAAGGAUUUUGGAUCAUUUACGAAUUUUCGAGAGAAAUUUGUAGAAGCUGCCCUCACAUUAUUUGGUUCUGGUUGGGUUUGGCUAGUUUUGAAAAGAGAAGAGAAAAGACUGGAGAUAGUCAAAACUUCAAAUGCCAUUUGUCCAAUUGUGUGGAAUGACAUACCACUUAUCAAUUUGGAUUUGUGGGAGCAUGCAUACUACUUGGAUUACAGGAAUGAUAGAGCAAAGUAUGUGGAUGUAUUUUUGAACCACCUUGUAUCUUGGGAAGCUGCAGCAGCCCGAUUGACUUUUGCAGAGGCUUUUGUAAACUUGGGAGAACCAAAAAUUCCUAUUGCAUGAAAAUAUUGAAAUGCUUAAUGAUUACAGUGGUAUUAGCUACGGCCAUGUGGCUUCCUAGGUGGAGUUGGUGAAGGAAUGAGUUUGUUUCAGUCAUCAUUUACAAAUUUAAUAGUGCCCCAUGUGCGUCUUUCUGGUUGUCAAAUUUUGCAGUGUUUAGGAUUGAGGACAACUUGCCGUUGGGGGAGAUCUAGUUAAGAGUAGGCAAGUAUUUCAGUGUAUAACAAUAGAGAAAAACAAGCAUGAUCUUGGACUGAUUAUAGUCUUAUUGUAUGAAAGUAUGAAUGUUAUAAUCAAUGUGGCAAGAGGCUAUUAAAUCUUGAAA